AUGGACGACAGCGCUCUUGGCGACGCCCUCUUCUCACCCUCGAAAGCCGCGCAGCAGCGCGCUCAAGCACAUGACUGGCAGCACGUCGAAGCCUGGCUAUCAUCCCUGUAUCCGAACCGCGCCCUGCCCACAUUCGAGCGUAAUGAAGAGACUUUGAAAGCGCUUUUGGAACUAGCCGCCGCAAAUGAGCGCGCAGAUGAGGAGGCGACAAUGGUGGUGGCAUUAGAAGAGGAGGUCCGCCACGAGAUGAGCGAGGCAGGUGUAAUAACAGCAGAUGAAGAAGCGGAUAAGGAGUUAUUACAUAUCAUUGAGGAGAACCUCACAAGCGACGGCAAGCGGAGCCUAGACGCGCUGGCGCAACUCUCAACAAUCCUCGAUUCGCCGUCUACAGAUCCAGAGAUGCUCGCCCACGCCCUCUUAGACCUCACUACGCACGCGCACACCCUAACCACGCACACCGCCACCCUCUCCCAUCUCCGGCACCUCCUCACCGCCGACCUGCACAACCUCCAAGAGACCCUGCGCACCAUAACCAGCCUCCCAGCCUUCGCGCCGCCACCCCCAUCCCUGCCCCGGCAGACCGCCGACUAUGUCCGCCAAACCAAAGCCCUCCUCCCCAAGCUCCAAGAAUACGCCGACCGCCUCGCCGCGCUGACGCUGCCCUCUUCAUCCUCCUCCGCGACCGCCGACUACGCACCCCCGCCAUCCCCGCGCUCGCCGAAACACACGCGCACCCGCUCCAUCCCCCAGCGGCCCGCCAACCCCUUCGACACCCCUGGCGCCGCGGCGCGCUAUCUGGCGUCCAGCGCGGGCGGCGGGCCCCUGUCGUCAGAAGCGCUGGGCGCGCUAGUGCGCACGGAGCGCGAGGUCGCUGACGUACGGGCGGCGGUGGCGCGGCUGGAGGCCCAGGUGCGGGCGUACAAGGACUUGCCUGCCGACAGGGAGGAGGCGAGGCUGUUGGUGCGGGAGAGGGAAGGGGUGUUGGCGGAGAUGCGAGAAAAGAGGGAUGGUGAGUUUGAGGCGUUGGUUAGUUGA